AUGAUAGAAGAAGAAGCAGCAGCGGCAGCAGCAGCGGUAGUAGUGCACGCCCAAGAUCUCGGCCCUUACCCUUUGCCGGCGCCAAGUUGCAUGGUGCUCUCGAGCACAGACGGAGGGCACGCGGGAGGAGGCCCCGCGUCGUCCGGCGGCGGCCGCAGGCCGGCCGACCCGGCGGCGCAGGAAGAGCUGUUCGUGGACGCUUCGAGUACCUCCGCCGUCUGGCGUAGCCUGGGAGGUCAGAUUGCGCACACCUCCUUCCGUUCUGUAGUGCUCGGGCCGACGGCCGCGCUGGAAGGAGGCUUGCGCGGCGGCGCUUGCGGCGGGAUCGGCGGUGCCGGAGCAGGCGUUCACGGAACCAUCACCCAAGUCGUGAGGUGCCGCUUUCCGACGCUCCUCGAGGGGUGGAGCUCGAUCCGCCAGGGGGGGCAGGGAGCGGUGCAGGUGGAUGGGCGGCGACGGCAGCGGCAGAGGCGGCGGAGGGGUCCGUGGUCGGUGUGCAUCCUGCGACAACCGGACUUGGUGACGGUGCAUCACCCGCGGGGGGACUCACACGACGUCACCUUGCCCUGCGAGGCCCGCCUCCUUCAGUCUCUCGGGGAGGGCUUGCUGGUGCAGAGAUAUGCGGGGGGCGGCGGCGGUGGCGAUGAGUUCGAAUUCUCUUCCGCCGCGGCCUACGGGGAGGAAGAAGAGCAGGAGGAAGACGGCUUGGACCCGUCUUUCUCCGUGCCGUCCCUGUUUACCCUCUUGCACCCGCUUGACGAGCUUAGGCCCGUCGCACUCUUGCCACCGGCGGUAUCAGCAAGACGGAGCAACGAAUUUGGCGGCGGCGGUGGCGAUGGCGGUGCUAGUUCGCCUGCGCCCCCCCCGUCCGCUGAGGCGGCGGCUCAAGCCGAGCAGAGGCAGCAGCAGCAGCAGCAGCAACGCCUUGUCUGUGACGCUUCCGAGCACGUAGUUUUCGCGCGGGGCGGCGGUGACGGGGGCACCGGACGAGACACUUCCCUUCUUUUGACGUACCACACGGGGCGCCGACGGCACUCCCUGUGGCUAGCAACUCCCGUGCCUGAGCCAGAGAAGGGGUCGGAGCCGGAGGAGGAAUCCGAGUCUCUUCUGGCCACGGCGGGGGGCAUCUCGGUUUCGGGCUCCAUGAUGGUUGGUCAGUCGCCGGGGGGAGGAGUCCGCAGCUGGGCCACGACGCCCGGCCUAUCGUCGACCCGUGCGGUGGACACGAGUAGCCUGAGCAGCACGCUCCUCGGAGUCUCGGCACUGAAAUCCCCGUCUUCUUCUGCGGGAGUCACCAUGAUGGACGCCGUCCUGGACGCUGGAAACCCUCGCAGAGACAGGCUCAGCGCCGGGGGAAGCAUGGGACGGGGUCGACUCUCCGGCGGCGGCGGCGGCGGCGGUGGCGGAGGCGGCGGGGCCGGGCGACGGGCGUCUAGCGGGAGCAACGCGUCAUGGAUCGGAGCGGGCAACACCCGCAAUGAAGCUCUUGCAAGCGCCCUAGGCCUCGGCCAGUCGGGACUAGGGGUGGCGUCGAACAUACUUUCCUUGAGCGCCCCGGCCGGGCACCACGAGCGCGCGGGCGGCGCGGACCCAUUCCUUCUCAACGCGAGCUCUUCGAUGGCGCUCGGCGGGGCUGUGGUGCACCAUGAGGAGGAGGACGAUGACGACGAGCAGGAGGAGAAAGAGGGGGCUCAACCUAUCCGCCCGCACCUCGGGAUCUCGCUCGUCUGGAGGGAGGCGGAGGGCUCGCCGGCGCCGGCGCAGCACGUUUUUUGCGCGGAGGGAGAGGCAUCCGGUGAGAGCGCUGCGACCGGGAGCGCUAGCCCUUCGUCCUCGGGGUCAUUUUUGCUCUGUUUCGUCGAACGCCAAGCCGCGAGACUACGCGCUCUUUCUGUGUCCUUCUCUGGAGGAGGCGGCGGCGACGGCGGCGGCGAGGGCGUUGAAGUCAGGGAGGCGUUCACGCUGCCGUGCCGAUCGGCGGUCGGGCUGUGCGCCACGGGCGGCGGAGAGGGAGAAGGAACCCCGGGGGCAGCGAUUUCCGCAGAUAUUCUUGUCCUUGGGCUUGACGGAAGUCUAACCCUGUAUCGUGGCGGGAGACCCGUCACGCGGGUUGCGCGUCCAGCCGUAGCGGGACUAUCUGAUGGAGCCAGCAGCAAUGGCGAGCCCGAGUCUAUCUCCGAGGCUGUUGGUUCCUGUUUCACCCUGACAACGCGGGGCGGGCAACGACGACGGCUCCGUCUAUCGCUGGACCCCUCUUCACCGCUCGUGUCCGCGUGUCUGGGUGCCUGGGACUCGUUGCUGGGCGCCCCGCUUGCGGCAUCCCUCCGAGCGGACAUUGCGAGCGCGGCGCACUGCCUAGCGGAGCAAGGGGAGCGACCUCGCGGAGAGGGGGCCGGGACGGGCUGGGGAAGUAGCGACGGCGGCGGUGGCGACUGCGACGGCGGCGGCGACGAGAAGGGUCACAAAGACAGCGUCGACGGUGACCUUGACUGGGCGGCGUUGGUGUCGGUUUUGCGAGAACUCGUCUCGGGCACGGACGAGUCUGCACACACAUCUCUAUCCGGACAGAGCGCAGACCUCGCCGACCGCGGCGGCGAUGGUGAUGACUGGGAGUGCUUGUUGGCGAGCCCGUUCCACGAAGAGUUCUCCCGUGCCAACGCGAUGAUGCUCUCGGGAUUUCACCACGCGACCGAGCUGACUACUGUCAAUGGGCGGCCGCGUGGUGAUUCUUUGGCUUUUUCCUCUGCGCAGCGACAGCAACAGCGGCAUGUGCUGCAAACGCAAAGAUCGGAUUUCCUUUUGGAAGCCGGCGCGGUCUUUGACGCGCUGCAUCUCGUGCUCGAGGACCUCAAGACCUCCCGCUUCACGACGUCGUUAGUGCCGCGCCUGGCCUCCCUGCUGCUUUCGAUAUCCCGUAUGUGCGGAGACGGCGGGACCGGGAUGCGCGACUUCGCGGACCACUACUGGAGGGACGCGGCCGGGUGUGGACACGGGGUUGGCGAGAGGACGUCCAUGAUCGAUCGCAGCGACGGUGGUGCCGCUCAUCGGAAGGAGACGGGAGCGGGGGGGCUGCCGAAUCGUCCGACUAGGUUUGAUAAGGUACCGUGCUUCCGAAGCUGGGUGCACGCGAGGAUUCGCACGGGGAAAGUGGCGAAUGGCGCCGAUCCCGCCGAUGGACCGCUGCCUGUGGCGGGGGGCCCGCGGUACAGCGGCGAAGGCGGGCAGUUUCCGACCCUCCCGAAGGACAGCGGUGUUCUCCAGGCGACUCGCCGCUUCUGCCGCUUCUAUACCAUCAUUUGCGGCGGCAGUGAUGGCGGCGCCCGCGCCGGUGUCGGAAAGCAGCAGGGGGCGGGACGAGGGACGGCGGCGCCGGCGGGUGCCGGGGGUGAAACCGGGGCUUCAUUCCCCGGCCCGGGAUUCCGCGAGUCGGACUGGGUCGGCGCUCGGCUCGUGGCGGCGAUGGUCGAGGAAGGUUACCGGGCGGAGGACCUGGAGCGUGCGCCCCUGGGGCUUACCCUUCCCCUGCUGGAGGUGCUCCACGCGGCAAGCAGCCAAGCCCUCGUGGAGUGGCCGGCCGCUGCGCAGGAGUUGGUGGGGCGGCAGGACCUCAGCGCCCUGCGUCGAAUGCUCGGGUCUUUCGUCGAUGGGGGCAGCGGCAGCGGCGACUCGGUCUGUGAGGAGGAGGAGGACGACGACGACGAUGAGGAAGGAGGUGGCUUCGGCGAGACAGAGGGUUACUGGACAGGCGGGAGAAUCAGCGGCAGCGGCGCGGGGGCCAGAGACGGCACGGGUAGAGGGGCGGGCAGGCGUGCAGGCGGGGGGGCUUUGGGGCAGGCAGGCGGCGGCAGCGGCGGCGGUGGCCCUGCUGCCGCUGCUGCGGCCGCGGCGGCAUCGCCGCUAGGCGCGGGUGGAGACGCUACCGAUCUGGACGGCCUGGCGUGGGUGGACGAGUUGUCGUCGCUUCGGUUCGGGCGCGACCGGCGGGUAAGGGAGGCGUGUCGGCUCCUGCGCGGGUCCCGGCCCGUCCGAUUCCAUGUUGACCGGUCCCCGGAGUCGAGCGACCACGACCACCAGCAGCGCCAGCAGGCGCGCCUGCUCCAGCUGGCCAUGCGUACCCUGGCGGGGCCCCUGGGCCGCGGCAUGCUCACGCUGGGGACGCUGGCCCCGCUCCUGGCGGAGCCGCUGCCGAUACCGCCGCUCUGCCUCGCGGGGCGCAUCCGGAAGCCGGCAGACGUCGUGGUCAACCUUGACCUGGCCGCCGCCGCGGUGCCCCCCGACACGACGGCGUGGGCGGAGUUCCACAACGGCGUUGCGGCGGGACUGAGGCUGCAGCACGAGUGGGGGUCCAACAGAGCCAGGAGUGGUAAGGAUGGCAGCGGCGGCGGCGGCGGCGGCAGCGGGGUCGCCGCGAGCAGCGGCUUCGAGGAGGGCGUCGUAAGCAGGACCUGGAUCACGUACAAUAGGCCGGCCGGGGGCGCCAACAACGCCCACGGCGGCCUGCUGAUGGCCCUCGGGCUGCAAGGACACCUGUCCUCCUUGGCGAUGACGGACGUGUUCGAGUACCUCACGCUCGGCCAGGAGAGCACGACGGUAGGGGUGUUGCUCGGGAUGGCGGCCGCUCGCAGGGGCUCCGCGGAUCUGUCCACGCACAAGAUGCUCUGCCUGCACGUACCCAGCCUUCUCCCGCACCCCUUCGCCGACAUGGACACGAGCAGCGUUACCCAAGCGGCCGCACUGGCGGGAGUCGGCCUGCUCUACCAGGGUACUUCUCACCGACUGAUGACGGAAUUUCUCCUCGGCGAGAUGGGGAGGGCACCCUGCAGCGACCGUUUCGCCGACCGAGAGGGAUACGCGCUCGCGUGCGGCCUGUCCCUCGGGAUGAUUAACCUCGGCAAGGGUGCUAGCGGGGGCAUGGCGGGUGUGGCAGACCUGAAGCUCGAGCAGCAGCUUCAACGUUACAUGAGCGGAGGCAAGGAACCGUCCACUGCCGGCGGCGGCGAUGCAUCCGGUCCAGGAAACCGUGGAGGCUUUUCCUCCCAGGGGUCGGGGGGGCGUGGUGGCGGCAGCGGCGGCGGCGGGGCAGUCAACGGCCCGAGCGGCGGCGGCGGGGGCGGCCACGAGUCCACGGGCCCGAGCCGCAUUAGCGCCGGCGAGUACGUCAACACCGACGUCACCGCGCCGGCGGCGCUUCUGGCGCUAGCCCUGAUUCACGUCAGGUCCGGGGACAAGGCGCUGGCGGCGAGGCUGGCGCUGCCGCAGACGCACUUCCAGCUGGACUACGCGCGGCCCGAGCAGCUGCUCUUGCGGGUGGCGGUGAAGGGACUCGUCAUGUGGGACGAGGUGCACCCGACGGAUGGCUGGAUUGAGUCUCAGAUCCCCCAGGUGGUGUCGGUGGAGUACGCGCGGUUGAACGAGCCCCUCCCCGAGGAGCUAAGCUCGGUGGUGGACAGGCAGACGAUCCGACAGGCCCACGCCAACAUCAUCGCGGGGGGUUGCCUGUGCCUCGGCCUGCGGUUCGCGGGGACCGCAGACGAGCGGGCGAAGGCCACCGUGCUCGGUCGCGUCAGACACUUCAAGGCCCUGCGAGAGUCUGUGGGCGGCGGGUCUAGCGGUGGAAUCGGGCGAGAUCCCCCUAUUGCCUACGUUGCUGCACGGAGGCCGGAGCGGCCGGUGCUGGAGAUGUGCCUGUCCACGUCGGUGACGGCCCUGGGUAUGAUCAUGGCGGGGACCGGGGACGUGGAGUGCUUGAGGGUCAUGCGAGAGCUGCGGGGGCGAGUGGAGGGAGAGGUAACGUACGGCACGCACAUGGCGAUAGCGAUGAGCAUUGGGAUGCUCUUUCUGGGAGGGGGCAUGGCUUCCCUGGGCAGGGAUAACGAGCACAUCGCAGCCCUCCUGGGGGCAUUUUUCCCCAGGUACCCCGCAACGGCAGACGACAACCAGUACCACCUGCAGGCCCUACGACACCUGUACGUGUUGGCGGUACAGCGGAGAGGGGUCGAUGCGGUAGACGUGGACACGGGCGAGAGCUUGUUCGUGCCCAUCAAGGUUUCCCUUGCCAACCGCACCGGCGCCGCCAACGGGGACCGCGACAACGGCGGCGGUAGCCAGGAGGGUGCCGAGGUCGGGUGCGACGACAAGAUGGACACCAGCGACGGCGCAGAGGAGAAGCUAAGGACGGGCGGAGGUGGGGACGGCGAGGGUGCUCCAAGCGGCGGUAGCGGCAGCGGCGGCCGGGCGCCGGCGCCGGCGCCGGUGCCGGCAGCGGAGGGGAAGGGGAAAGAUGGGGGCGUACGAGGGACGACGCUUUCCCUGGUGACGCCAUGCGUGCUGCCGGACCUGAAGGACGUGUCGAGGCUGUCGAUCUGCAGCCCGCGGUACUUCCCGGUGGAGCUGGACAUUGAUGGAAACCCGGCGGUGGCGUCGGCGCUUCGGCGACGCUGCCGGAUCUACGUCAAGCGGCGGGUGGGACACUUGUCCUACAAGAACGACCCGCACGCUCUCCGAUCCCUGCUCUUCCAGAGUUACCCGGGGGCCAUGGGCACGGCAGGCCAAUCGUCCUUGUCCCCGCCGCACCACCCCCAUCACCACGCACAACGGGGCCCCCACCACCACGGCCACGGCGCGGCGGCGGCGGCGGCGGCGGCGGCCGGCGAAGACCCCGUCCAGAGCAAGGCCGACUUCCUCUCCACUUUCACGGAGGACCCGCACCUCCUCAACUUCGCCCGGCACUUUUGCGACUCUAGUUCCGGCGGCGGCGGCGGCGGCUUAAACGGCGGCGGUGGCGGCGGGGGUUCCGGCAUAUCCUCCGGGAGGAGGCUCAUGCUCGGGGUGGAGGCCCUGGGCGACGCGUCGGCGCUCGCCCGGUACUUCGGCGGCGCCCUGCUGGAGUGCCUGGCCGGGGAGAAGGCGGAGGCGCUGGGCCCGCACCUGUCACUGUGCCACUCCACCGUCACCGCGGCGCACACGGUGGACUCGUCGGCGGCGUGGGACCUGCGACUGGUGCUGGACUACGGGCGGGGCAGCGCUCUCCAGUCGGCAUUGAUGGCGGCGGCGGCGGCGGCGGCGGCGGGUGUCGAACGGGUGGGUGGUUCUGCCGGGGAGGGAGGGAGAGUUUCACGGCGGCAGCGGCGGCGAGGGAGUGGUGAUGACGUUGACGGGGGGAGGGUUUCCCAGGCGGAGGCGGAAGUCGAGGAGCCGCCGUUGCCGUUCACGUUGGUCAACCCGGACCUGCUGGCGUCCCUCGAGGUGCGCCUGGACGUCUUCUUCUCUUCUCUGGGCUUCUACGGCGAUGGUGGCGCCGGCGCCGGCACGGAAGCAGCGGGCGCGGCGGCCGUUGGAAGGGAAGGGAGUCCGAAGCACCUGUCCCGAUUGUGGCGAUAUCUCUACGGCCGCGAGGGGGGAAGGGACGGGGGGCAGGGAGGGGGAGCUGGCGGCGGUGACAGGGAAGCAGGAGUGGCUUGCCGGGAAGACCGGCUGUUCGGGGCGUACCUGGCUUACUUCGGCAUCCCCGCCCCGGCGGAGCUCCUGCGAGCCCUUGGCGGGAGAGAGAUCCCGCCGGAGGGGCUUGGCCUGGCGGACGCGCCCGCCCUGUUGCGCGGGCUUCCGGGGCUGACGCCGUCGGCGCUGCUCAAGAUAACGUAGAUACACGAGUAGCGCCGGUCAGUGGACGGCCUGUUUUCUUUUUCUGUGGCAUGGGAAUUGAGUGGUGUGCUUAGCGCUGCUUGCGCUUUUGUCCUUGAAGCGACAGCGGCUGUCCCUGUGUUGCUGUUGAC